AUGGAUAAUAAGAACAGAUUAAGAUUACAAAUCAUAUUUGUUCCUAAAGAUGAUGAAAAAGCUGAUGUUGAUGAAAACGAAGAAAAAUCACUUUGUAUUAAAUGGCUUCAUUUUAUAGAUCCAAAUCAAUUAGUUCAAGAUUUAAAAGAUGAAUUGACUGAAAAAUUUAAUUCAGAAUUAUCUAAUAAAUAUGGUAAAUUAAUGAUUCAUGGUAUUCAAGAUAUUCAUUUACGUGAUAUUGAUGGUGAUUUAAUCGUGGGGAAUUGCUUUGAUGAUAGAUCAAAAUGUAGAGUAGUUGUUAAAAAUAAACUUCAUGAUUUAACACAACCAUUACAAAAUUCAACUUCAAAUAUAAACUCUCCAAUUGCAUCACCAGUUAUUUCAAAUCCUCCUGCUCCAAAAAUAUCGUCACCUAAAACCCAAAAAUCAACCACCGCAAAAAGUGAAAAAGCAGUUCCUAAAAAAUCUAACACUAACGGUGUUGUUAGUAAUCCACAACAAACAGACUCUGAAUCUGAUUCCGAAGAUGAUAUUAUACUAAGUAGAAGGAAACGAAAAAUUCAAGAAGUUGUAGAAGAAAAAGAAGAAGAAGAAGCAACUGAAGAAACUAAUAAUUCAAAUUUGGAAAUUAUUGAUCCUACUUACAGUUCUGAUGAUGAUGACGAUGGUGAUUAUGAUAAUAAUGAUAGUACAGUAUCUAGAGAUAAAGUUAUACAAGCUGAUGAAAAAAGUAAAAAGAGCAAAGUUGAUAAAAAAGCAUUGGAGGAUCUUGAUUUGGAAUUUACAAUGUCAGAUUAUACUCCAAUGCUGGAUAGAGGUGAUAGAGUAGCUGCUAGAGAAGCAAAUUUGAAAUUUAAUGAAAGCAGGAAUGCAAAUUUGAAAAAGAAACCAAAAGUUGUUAAAUCAUCAUCAUCGAAAAAGGAAAUUUCAAGUCCAAAAUCAACUACCAAAGAAACUAGCACAACUACUUCUCUAAAGAAAUCAAGUAUAUCUCCAAAAACAUCGUCUGCAUUUGCUCCACUAAAAGUAACUUCAGAAUCACAACCACCAUCAAAACAAAAAUCUCAAAAAUCACCAAUAAUUGAAAAAUCUGAACCAUCUAUAUCGGAUUUACCAAAGGGUUCAAAUGUUUUAAAUGAAAUUGUAUUAGUAUUUAAAUCAUUUCAAGCUAAAAUUAAUGAUUUAAAAAAAAUUGAUGAAAAUACAAGAUCAACAGUAUAUUCUCGACCUCCAUCUAAUUAUUUUGAUAAAUUAUUAUUGGAAGAUUUUAUGGAAAAAGAUGAAAUUGGAUUUGAUUGUGUAUUACAUUUAGUUACUGCAGCUACAGCACCACCAUCUCCAAUUAUCAAACAAUCAACAAUGAAUGUUGAACAACCUGACCCUAAUUUAAAUAUGAAUCAAAUAAAGAGUUCUCAGGAUCAUGAUUUUAAAGAUCAAAAUACAUUUUUAAAAGAUCAAUAUAAUAAGGAAGAACCGCCAACUGUAAAUUUCGGUUUUGAUAGAGAAUUAGACGAAGAUGGAGAUUUACGACGGCUUAAUAAACUUGAUUAUGGAGAAAAUAGUCAAAUUUCAAAUACUCACUCAUCAGCAUUUUGUAAAGGAGAUUCAUUUAAGAAUAAUUAUAAUAAUAAUAAAAAUCAUGAUACAUCUAGACUAUUUGAUGAUGAUGAUGAAUCACAAAAUAUUGAUAAAUCACCAGAAAAGAAGAAGAAAAUUGCUGAUUGUUCUUCAGAUGAAUCUUCAGAUGACGAUUCAAUAGAUGAAAUGGAAAAUCCAAAGAAGAAAUCAAGAUUAGUUGCUCAAACACCAAGUCAAAAAGCAUCGCCAAAAAUUAUUCCACCGCAAUUAACCAAUAUUAAAAAAGAACAAGAACAAAUUGAAAUAAAUGAUAUUUCAAAAGAUUCAAAAAAGGAAAAUAUAUAUAUACCAAAUAAAAUUAAUGGAUUACCUUCAUUACUUGAUUUAGCAAAUAGAGGAGUACCAGAUGUUCGUGAUGAAAAUGAAAUUAAACCAAAUUUAAAAGGAAUAAAAGAAGAAGAAUCGUUAGAGGAAAGUUCUAGUGAAAGUAGUUCCGAUGAUAGUGAUGAUGAAGAUUCAAAAUUCAUGAGUAAAGAAUCAAUACAAAGAAGAAAUAAGAAGAAGAAGAAUUUAUUUGUUUCAAUGAAAAGAUAA